AUGAAGGAGUCCGAGAUCAUUGAAAAUGUUCGCAGUGCUUUGGCCAAGCAUGAGGCGCGGCUGAGCGAGAUCAACCAGAAGAUCUGGUCUAACCCAGAAUUAUCCUUUGAAGAACACAAUGCCCACGAUAACAUCUGCGCCCUAUUCGACGCCCUCGCCGCAGACGGGUAUACCGUCAAACGCAGUGCCUACGGCAUCAACACCGCAUUCGAAAUCAGCUACACCAACGGCCAAGGAGGCCGCACCAUAGCUUUCAACGCAGAAUACGACAGUCUCCCCGGUAUGGGCCACGCCUGCGGCCACAAUCUAAUCGCAACAAGCUCCAUCGCCUCCUUCCUCGCAGCAACCGAAACAAUGCGCGCCCUCUACCCAAACACCCCCUACACAACCCGCCUCCUAGGAACUCCCGCCGAAGAAGGCGGCGGCGGGAAACUCCUCCUCAUUGACGCGGGCGCAUAUAAGGACGUCCACGCCUGUUUCAUGGUCCACCCAUUCCCUGCAUUGACAGGUUCUCCGAACUUACUCAGUGCGAGUUCCGACUCGGCGCAGUACCUGGCCAAUAACAAAGUCGAGGUUACGUUCACCGGAAAACCGGCACAUGCGUCUGCGGCGCCGUGGGAGGGUGUUAAUGCGCUCGACGCGGUUGUAGCUGCUUAUGUGAAUAUUUCCAUGUUAAGGCAGCAGAUUCUGCCGACGCAGAAGAUUCACGGGGUCGUGCUUCGGGGUGGGGAGAGGCCGAAUGUUAUUCCUGCUUCGACGACGGUCGAGUAUUAUAUUCGGGCUGAAACUGUGAAAAGUCUGACGCCGUUGACGGAGAGGGUGGUUAAGUGUUUUGAGGCUGCCGCUACGGCGACGGGUUGUACUGUUGAGUAUAAAUGGGAACCUUCUUAUAUGGAUAUGGUGGAUAAUCGUCCUAUUUGUGAGGGUUAUAUGAUUGCCAUGAAUGAAAUGGGUUACAGCACGAUAUAUGAUGCUGCUGGUCAGGAGGGUGGUUUGAGUGGUGGUUCUACUGAUAUGGGUAAUGUCUCGUACGAGGUACCCGGGUUCCAUGGCAGUUUUUAUAUUCAUACCGAUGGAGUCAAUCAUACUCCACAGUUUACGGCGGGAGCGGGUUCGGAAGAGAGUUUCCAGCGCAGUCUUUAUUGUGCGGCUGGUAUGGCUGUUGUGGGAUGUCGGGUGUUGGGCGAUGAUGAAUUUGCUGCUGCGGUCAAGGCUGAUUUUGAUAGUAAGGUAUGA